AUGGGCCAACUCGGUGACAUAUCGCCUGAAGGGAGCGUUGCUAUCGGAAUCAUUGUCGGCCUCCUCUCCACUUCAAUUCAAUCCCUUGGCCUUACCCUCCAGCGCAAAUCCCAUCUCAUCGAAGAUGCAAAAGAUCUGCCAGAAACACGGCGUCCUGCCUACAAAAGAAGGAAAUGGCAGCUAGGGAUGCUCAUGUUUGUCGUCUCCAACCUAGUCGGUAGUACUAUUCAGAUCACGACCCUUCCCCUGCCCGUCUUGUCAACACUGCAAGCUUCGGGUUUGGUUUUCAACACCGCCUUCGCCACUUUGCUGUUGGGCGAACCCUUCACUCGUUUCUCGAUUGUUGGAACCGUUCUGACGUGUUCCGGCGCCGCAUUGAUCGCUACGUUUGGCGCGAUCGCUGAGCCCGCUCACAGCUUGGGUCAGCUUCUCGAAUUGCUCAAUCAGCGUGAUUUUAUCAUUUGGAUGGUCGGCACUUUGGUUGUGGUGGUUGGAACAAUUUUGUUCGCCCAUGUACUCAAAAUCUGGUCAUCUCACCAGUAUAUUGCCCAGAGUCUGCCAAAAUCAGAACGACCCCGAUCCGCAUCCACUGUGACCCAAGGCACAUCUCCACGAAGACCUUCUUUACCUCAGCUCACGAUCCCACGAUCAUUUACGGCUCAACUUCCUCCGCCUCUGAAGUUGCGCCUUGGCCGACUCCGACUCAUCCGUGGCUUGAGUUAUGCAUUAAUUUCAGGCAUUCUGUCCGCUCAUUCACUCCUCGUUGCAAAAUCUGCUGUCGAGCUUCUGGUCAGGACUAUCGUUGACCAUAACAACCAAUUCAACCGCUUUCAAUCAUGGCUAAUACUUGUUGCCUUGUUGUUCUUUGCCUUGACCCAGUUGUAUUAUCUACAUCUGGGGCUACUUUUUUGCAGCACCAGUGUAUUAUACCCAUUUGUAUUUUGCAUCUAUAAUAUCAUUGCGAUAUUAGAUGGUUUGAUAUACUUUCAACAGGCCUCGAGGCUGACUCCUCUGCACGCUGGGUUCGUUGCUUUGGGGACUGUGAUUCUACUCUGCGGUGUAUUGUCCUUGUCUUGGAGGUUGGAUGAUACUACCCCAGCAGAAGCAGCUCACCAGGCAUUGCCUCCACGAACUCCGUUGACACCUGGAAUGGGUUUGGUCCAAUCUCCUUCCGAAGAAAGAGAGCCGCUGUUGUUUCCAGGAGGACGGCGAAGGGGCUCAGCCUCACCAUCGAGGCGAUCUAUCGAUGAGCAAACUCCACUUCUUGUCGGACGGUCUCGACCACCAGGAUUGACACUACGAACACCAUCAGAGACAAAUUCGGAGGGAAUAUGGGCUGAACUUGAUGAUGAGGAAAGUCAGCCAGACUACCUUGCCUCCCUGCCACGCACUCCGUCUCCAUUCAUGAGCCACAACUUCAAAAAUCGUCGACGGGGUGACUCUGCCUCAUCACAGGCUGUAUCGAUAGGGAGUCGACGUAGCUCGUCAGGCUCAAAACCGCGGAAGUUAGAUGAUGGAGUUGGUGACUCGGAAGAACACGUUGCGAAUGGUGCAAAGCACAGACAGAGCAGUGCACCACAACCACGCAUGAGUAGACCAGGGGAUGAAGACUCCACACACGCGCGAAAACGAAGUACAUCAGUGCGCUUCGCUAAUGACGAAGUCCAGAGUCAAAACCAAAGGCCGAACUCCCGCGAUGCAGGAGCGAGUCGUUACGACCAGACCAGUCGGGAGAAGAGUGGCAAUAGAGGGUGGGUGUCCAAGUGGCUUUCACCGGGAAAAGACAGCCAUGAGGAAGAAGCUCACACUGACCAUAAUUUGAAACCAGCACCUGAGAAUGGCUGA